AUGGCACUUGAUGAUUUUGGAUCUGAUUGUAAUAGUAGUAAUAUUUCUUUACAAAGAACAGAUUCAAUGGCAGUAAUUAGUAAUAGUGUUAAACAUAAAAACUCUUUAAAACGUCAUGAUUCAAGACAUAGUGAAACCUUUUCAAUGAUUGCACCAGCAGUAACUGAACCAUCACCAUU